UCGAAGUUUAGAAACCAUAAUAGCAGGCUGGUGGAUUCAGGUCUGGUUUUUAACUGAUGAAUUGUUAGCAUUGCCCUUUUAAUGAAUUAAAACUAGACUUAACUGUCGUUUGUCAUGGCUGGUUUACCGCCGGGAGACCCUCAGCUGGUCUCUAUGAUCGUCAAUCAUUUGAAAACACAGGGGCUUUUCGACCAGUUCAGGAGGGACUGCCUGGCAGACGUUGAUACAAAGCCAGCAUACCUGAACCUGAAACAAAGAGUGGAUAACUUUGUUUCGAAUCAUCUCUCCAACCACACAUGGAGUCCUCAUCUGAACAAGAACCAGCUGAGGAACAACAUCAGACAGCUGGUGCUACAAUCUGGAAUGCUGGAGCAGGGAGUUGACAGGAUCGUGGCCCAGGUGGUAGAUCCCAAAAUCAACCACAUCUUCAGGCCACAGGUGGAGCGGGUGGUCCGCGAAUUUCUGUCCCCCGGCAGCUGUGUGGAGGAACCUCCUGCCCCGCUGGCCUCAACAGAGAUGAAACUAGACAGCGCCGUUCUUGAGCAAGCCUCGUCAUCUGUCCCAGCUACCACUGCAGCCAGUGAUGCCAUGUCCAUCUUGGACACUAUAACCUCUCUAAACCAGGAGGCAAGCUCCAGGGCCAGCUCCAGUGGAGAGAAAGCACGCAAGGGCCAAGCUUCAGAGGAGCCCAUGCAGGUGGUGGAGGAGGGGGGUGAGCAGGAUAUGAGUCUGGUCGAGGAAGGAGAUGAUGGGAAGACACUGGAAGAGGCAGAGGAGGCGAAGCUUGCAUCAGAUAUCCAAGUCUUCGAGGUCAAGACAGAGGACAGUCGGGAACCAAUGGACUCAGGAAAAGAGGGAAUCACAGAGGAAAUAAAGACUGAAGAGGACGAAAUAGGAAUUCAGGAGCAGACAGAAGAGGGGAAAGACAAAGCUGGCAGCAAAGCAACUGGAAAACCCACAGAGGAGAAGGUGGAUGAUGAUGCACUGAAAUCCCCAAGUCAAAUCAAACAGAAAACAAGAGAGAGGCUAAAGGAAGAAUAUUCACUGGAGGACUCUGACUUGGAAGGUCUGAGUGACAUUACCGUGAGCUCCGUCCACACCAGCGAUCUGUCAUCAUUUGAGGAGGAAAGUGAUGAUGAGCAGCCGCCAACUGAUUCCUCUGAUGAGGGGGAGAUUUUAUCUGAUGGUGAGAAAGCAGAAAAAAAGCAAGCCGGUGCAGACACAGGAGAAGACGACAAGGAGCACAAGCCUCGCCGAAAGGCCUACGUCCACAAGCCUUUCCUGUACUCCCGUUACUAUAGCGACUCGGAUGACGAGAUCACUGUAGAGGAGCGUCGGAGAUCUGCAGCCAAGGACAAAGAGGAGAGAUUACUCAAGAGACAGCAGAACAGGGAACGCAUGGAAGAGAAACGCAAGCAGAAAGCAGCACAAGCUGAAGAACAAGAUCAAAGAAAACAACAGAGGGGAGACUCACCCGGCUUGGAGGGACCCAGGGCCAAGGAGGCUCGCAAAGAAAGGAAAGUUCUGGAGAAAAAAAUGGCUCUCAACAGGAAGAGGAAACUAGACUCAAGGAAAGAAGGUGAUGUUUCAAGCAAGAGGAAAGACAUGGAAGUUGAAGGCUCUAAGAAGGCAGAACUAAAAUCUGCAGCCCCAAAGACCCCACAACAGAAGUUGAUCAGGAAAGUGUCAGACUCUGCAUCAUCUGAUGAGAGACACAGAAGGAGGAGUGGCAGUGUGUCAGAGGAUUCCAGUGACCCCAAAAAGCUGUGUGACAAAAACCGGACUCAUUCCUUUAUCUUGGAGUUAGAACAAGGCUCCCAAGAGGCACUCAAGCAACGCUCAUUUGGAAAAUUUGAUCGUCCGUCACGCAAGGAGUUUCAUUCUAAAGAACGCAAAGAGAAAGACCGCAGUCUGUCAGAUGAACGUGCUAAACUCAAACAAAAACAGGAGAAAAAAACUGAAUCUCAAGCAGAUGAGUCUCAGCUGAAGGAAGGUGCUGCUAUUAAAAUGUCCUCUGAGGAAAAAGGUGAGAAGAAGGCCAAGGUAAAAAGUGACAAGAAAAUUUCAGGAACCACUAAGGAAGGAAAGGCAUCUAUGUCAGAAGGUGUGGCUGAUGAGGGGGGUCCAAAAGAUAGUGUUUCCAAAAAGGGCAAGGUGCUGCCUGUGGAUGCUGCCAAAUCAGAGAAGGAUAGGGAGAAAGAAAAGGACAAAAUGAGAGAAAAGGAAAAAGACAAAGUCAAAGAAAAGGACAAGACCAAAGGAGAGAAGAAUUUAGCUAAAAGCGACUCGAAGCAGCUGCUCCGCCCAGAUUCUACUGGCUCUUCUGAGGACAGGUCUGACAUGGAGCCUGGGACAGACAGCGGCAAGAAGAAGGAUAAACACCCUAAGGAAGUCCUGAAAAGGUCAAAGAGUCACACAGAGGACCGACAAGGAGACAAGCCCAAAUCUAAAACAGAAAAUAAAGACAGUGAGAGGGAGAAGACCAAAGCUGAUCAAGACAGCCAGAAACCAAACAAGCCCAGCACUGAAACCGACAAAGAUCCAAGAAAGGCUAAACUGACAGAAAAAGGAAAAGUCAUGGAAAAAUCAAAAUCAAAAUCCAAAGAAGAAACAAAGAGUCCAUCGUCAUCAAAGACAGAAAAGAAAGCUCAGAGUUUAGAAGUCAAAAGCAAAGCACCUGUCAGCAAACAUGAGACAGCAAAGGAGAAGAAAAAAGAGGGAAACACAAAGGAACACCGGAAGGCCUCAGAAGAAACUCCCCAUGAGAAAUCUGAGUCUAAGAGUAUAAAGAAAAAGUUGGAAAAGAAGGACAGAGUCCCAGAAAGGAAGGAUGACAGCCAGGAAGAGAAGAAAGCAUACAGAGAAGACAAAUAUGACAAGUCUGAAAAGUCCUCGGUUUCUUCACAGAGUCUUGAGGCAGAAGAGAUGCAUAAGAAGCAAACUCUCCUCCAAGACACAAGCACAGACUCUGACCUCAUCGCUACCACCGUUACCACCUCUUUCUCAGAUGAUACCUAUGAUGCACUGAGCGACAUCACCCCCGAGCCAGAUGAAGGUGAAACUGAGAUGCGACUCAGCGAGCUGGAACCACGUCCUUUACCAACUGAGGCCGACGCUCUGUUGACUCUGAUGGACAUGUGCACAUCAGCGGAUGCAAGGCUUCCUCAGGAUAGCAGUCAAGAAGCUGCUGCCCCUGAGAUGACCCUUCAGGAUGCUGACAUGAAGAUGAAAGAGGCAGCUCUGACUCUGCUUUCCAUGGAUCCUGACAGUACAGUAUCCACCAGUUUCAUUACACCAGAUACCAGGGAAGGUCCAGAGGUGAAAUCACCCAGGCCGCAACCAGUGGAAAUGAGUGUAGCUGAAGAGGGAGAGCAACAGCUUUCCAUAAAUAUACCAACUGAAACUGAAACUGAAACUGAAACUGAGCUUACAACUGCUGACUUGCCAACAGUUAAAUCUGAAGAGGGUGCUGAGCUUGUUGAGAAAAAAUCAAACUGUCCAGAAGUGUCAGACAUUUCAGAGAAAGAAACAGAUGUUUCAAACGUACAAACAUCAGUCUCACUCGCUCCACAGGAUGAUGACGCUGCAUCAAAUGAAUGUCAGGCUCCUUCAAAUGUAGAAGAAGAGACCAAAGGUGAAGAGAUUGCCCCAGAAACACAACCUGCUAACACAUCAGUGCCACCAGUUGAUGAAAAAGAUGCUGUUGUGUCUGAAACAGAGAAAUUCAAAGGAAACACUGAAGAAAGCAUGGUGGCUAUUGUUGCUGAUGCACCUAGCACUGAACAAGUUUCAGAGAUUUCAAGUAAAGAAGAUGAAACGCAGUCAGAUGUUGGAGACACAGCAACGAGCAGCAAGGUGGUGGAAGUGGUGGAAGCUGAGGACAACCAGGACAAGAUGGACAUUGAUACUAAUAGUGAGGUUCAGAGUGUGACACAGCAAGAAGAGAAUGUGGCACAAGAAGAGACUGAUUCACAAACUAUGGAGUCUGGUGUUCCUGGCAAGUCUGAGGAGGCCAGAGGAACUGGAGACGUGUGUCAGUCCAAACUAGUCAAACAAAUCAGUAAUGUCUCCAGUUCAGACAGCCAGGAGGAUGAGAAGGGAUCAGACCUGUCAGAAAAGGAGGAGAGAAAAGGGGGAAGAGUAACACGCAAACGAAGGCUGUCCAGUCAGAAAGCUGUGGCAACCAAAGACUCUGGUGAGGAGAAGGAUGAAAAGGACAGCCAAGAGCAACCAUCUGCUGAGGAAACUGAUCAGCCGAAGGUCCCGGAGGCCAAAAUACCCCGCAGAGGACGAUCAUCCAAAACCACUGUGGAGGUGGAGGAGGACCAUUCGAAGGAGCCUGAGAAGUCAGAGGAGUCUCCGAGCCACAGGGCAAGAUGCUCAGGAGCCCAGCUCAAAGAGGCCACUGCUGCCUCAGGUAAUCAAAAGAAAGAUGAGAUUAAGGAUGAAGAGAAAGCUGAGAAAUCCUCUACAGAGAAACCUGUGGAGAGAGAGGAGGGAACCGAAGAGGACAGUGGACUUGAGAAAAGCAGUCAGCAAGAAAGCCAGACGAAGCCACCGUCCCCCCGGCCAGAAGCCAGUGAAGGCACAAGAGGCUCUGACUCCACUGAGACCACUGAUAUAUGUAAACCCCCAAUGAAGAGGAAGCGGUCUGAGGAAAUGGAGGAAGCCAUGAAGGAGACAGAGGCUGAGGAGGAGAAGGAGAGCGACACCAGCCAACAGGAACAAAAUGAGAAUCAGCCUAUCACAGAAAGUGCUUGUUCUCCCUCAGUGGGCCAGUCAGAAGGUCAAGAGGAGGUAAAGGACGAGUGCUCCAGUGAGAACAAACCAGACGAUGGUGAGGAGGAGCAAACCCAAGAGGACCAAGGCAUGGCUGCUAAGAAACCCGCUCGGAGGGGACGGUCCUCAAAGGCAGCAGCAGCCACUGAGGACUCAGAUAAAAAGGACAAAAAGGCAGAAGAGAAAGAAAGCGAACAGAAUGAUGAGGAAGGGGACGAUGAUGAGAAGGAGGAAGAGGAGACCAAGACCAGAACUACAACACGCUCAGCAUCUCGCCUAGAGGCUGAAAAAAACAAGCCAAGUAAACCAUCCACCCGGGCAAGUCGACAGAACGGUAAAGAGGAGACCGCAGCUGGCACGCGCGGGACGAGGGGCCAGGUAGCAGCGGGGAAGGGGGGUCGUAAACCAGAGGCCAGCCCCCCUGUGGUGCGCACCCGGGGCGGACAGAAAUCAGAGGAGCCCCCUUCCAAGAGAGCCAAACGCUGAAAACUUGGACUGCAAUGAACUGCUUUGCCCAGGCACAGACUUUUAAUGCGCUCCCGCACCAAAAUGGAUACCUACUUACAUUCAAGUGUAAACCUCAGAGUUUUGUCAUGCAAGUCAGAGAGAGCCUCUCCCCUCGGCCUGCAGUUGGUUAGCAUGCAGAGCUAGUCGGGCUUCAUUGACCAGCAAUAUUGAAAAGCUCUGGAUUAUAUUAUACACUUUCCUCUGAUGGUAGGGCCUAAACCUAAGGAUUUAUAGAGGAAUCCCUCUGAAUACCGUCUACUACAUGACACCCAUAUGGUUUUGAUCAGACUUCAUCAUUCCUUCGUUUAUUCAGUAAAGCCUAGUGAACUACAGCAUUUUGGGCCAAUCAGAGGCCUAAUGUGUAGCCGAGUUGUGUUUUGAGAUAGAGAGGGUGAAUUGAAAUGAGCUACUAUUGAAGAUAACUAUCAGCCUGGUGAUCGCCUGUGUCUCAGUGCCAGUCGAGACCAAUUCACCCUCACAGGCAUAACUGUUACACAUUCAAACAUUUUGUAUGUCUGAUUUGUAAAUCCACACUCUUGUACAUAGAAAGCAGUGUCAAGCAUAUAGCUGUUGUUGUGGACUUACAUUUUGAAUAUUCAUUCUGUGAAUGUAAUGGAGGCGUUUUUCUCCACACUAUUUUUAUGUGUUUGGUUUUUAAACUAAACACUCAUACAGUGAGGAUUAUUUUUUGGUUAUGUUGCUCCCUGGUAGAAAAGCAGAGCAGUAUUAGUCAUCCACAGAAAAAAAAAUCGUGUACAUAAAUAUAAAAUUUGCUGUUUGUCUCCAUAAACAGAUUUCUAAAAGCUCCUUGUGCAAAGUACUGUUGCGUACCACCUGAGUGCUGAGUCUUCACAAUGAUUUGUAUUGUUUUAUCCAUUUGUACAGUUUUAUCCAUUUGUUUAAUGGUGUUUAUCUUGACCUGUCAACAUAAAGAUGUGCAUUCAUACAUUCAUUCAUACACAAAUGUAAAUGAACUGAACAUUGUUUUUAUACUGUGUUCACCAUAUAAAAUAGUUUGUGGUUCUUUA